AAAGAACACAAGCCAUCUUCUUCUUCUUCUUCCUUGGGUUCUUUUCGCCGCAGAAAGAAAGAAACCCAACUCAACUCAUCCAUCGGCCGCCUCUUCCCAACGCCCAAGCCAAGGAAUCGCCCACGGAAUCGGAAAUUUCUCUCGCCGCAAACGCUAUUCAGAUCCCCAUCGGCUUCGAUCACGUCUGUUCCCCACUCCUGGGCUUGGAGAUUUCCUUCCUUCCUUUGCUUGCUAGCGCGCCGCUUAGCUAGGGUUUCCAAAUCCAUCCAUCCACCAUGCCGGAGCCUUCUUCCGCUUCUACCUCUGCUUCUGCCUCGUAUCUGUUGCUGCUAGUACUAUGCAAUGCAAACCUGCUGGCCGAUGAUUCAGUCGAUAGGGUUGAGGAUUCACAGCUCUUCUCCCCUGUCCCAGCAAUAAACCAAGCUGCGUCCAAUCUCGCAAAUUUAGCUUCCUAUUUUACCCAGUGCCUCCCAGUACCUGGUGGUUACACAGGAAUACCCGAGGAAGGCCAAGAACUAGCAAUACUUGCGCCUGUCUCGACUACUGGCAGGCCUGCUCUUCAGGCUUCUUCUUCUUCUUCUUCUUCUUCUUCUUCUUCUUCUUCUUCUUCUUCAGAGUUUGAUGCCAGCAGUAGCUUGUCUCACAGUGAAAUAGAUCUUACUGUGAGUUCCUCUCAAGAAAACUCAGGCCAGAUGUCGCCUUUCCGCGUUUUUCAGAAUGGAGCUUCAAUGUUCCAAGGUCUCGUGGAACGUGCUCGGAAAACUGUACGUGGUUCGGCAGAUGAUAUUGGAUGGCUCCAACGCGUUCAGAGCUUACCUCCAACUGAGGAUGGGACAGCCCGAUUCUUGGAGAUUCUAGACUCUGUGAGAAACAAGGAGCACAAACUACCUGAUUCGCUGGUAUAUUUGUUGAUCCCAGGUUUGUUUAGUAACCAUGGGCCACUUUACUUUGUGAAGACGAAGGCAUAUUUCUCCAAGAUGGGUCUGGUCUGUCACAUUGCCAAGAUUCACAGCGAGUCUUCAGUAAGUAAAAAUGCAAGGGAGAUAAAGGAUUACAUAGAAGAAAUAUACUGGGGAUCAAGGAAACGUGUGCUACUUCUUGGUCAUAGCAAGGGUGGUGUAGAUGCAGCAGCAGCCUUGUCUCUCUACUGGCCACAAUUGAAAGAUAAGGUUGCAGGGUUGGCCCUGGCUCAAAGCCCAUAUGGAGGAAGCCCAGUUGCUUCAGAUAUCCUGAGAGACGGGCAGCUUGGUGACUAUGUCAUGCUACGCAAACUUAUGGAGAUUUUGGUGUCCAAAGUCCUGAAGGGUGACCUGCAGGCACUAGAAGAUCUGACAUAUGAAAGGAGGAAAGAAUUCCUGUCGCGGCACCCAUUGCCUCCCGAGGUUCCAAUUGUGUCAUUCCACACUGAGGCGAGCAUCACCCCCAGUGUGCUGACAGCUCUCUCUCAUGUCGCGCACGUGGAGCUCCCGAUUGCUGGUGACGGAAAUCCUGCAAGGAUUCCGGUUGUAAUGCCACUUUCAGCAGCAAUGGCAGCAUGCUCGCAGCUGCUGGUGGCAAGGUACGGCGAGAAGAGUGAUGGUCUUGUGACAAGGAAGGAUGCUGAAGUUCCUGGGUCACUGGCAGUCCGACCAGAGCGGAAGCUAGAUCAUGCCUGGAUGGUUUAUUCUUCGAUGAGAGAGGAGGCUGGGGAUGAGGCGGACACGUCGCAGGUAUGCGAAGCCCUGCUGAGUCUGCUGGUCGAGGUUGCGCAGAAGCGGAGGCAUGAGAUGGCCAUGAAAGACGAAUAAAUACGAAAAAAAGAAUGUUGGGAUCUGUACAACGUCCUGGUAGAUUUUUUUAACCAUACGUAGAUCAUAAAUUGACUCUUUUUUUGACAAUCUGACUUUAGUUAGUUGUUGGCUGUAGGAAAAGAAAGUUGUGUUGAGAUGUGAGAAGCUAUAUAUGUGGCCUAUCCUAUGUUGAAACUUCACGUUUGCUUCUGGGCGAAGCUAAUUAGCUUAUGAAUGUUCCUAGUCAGUCAUAUUUUUAGAU